AUGCCGCCCAAAAGCAAAGCGGCCACAAAGCCCAAAGCAACCGAACCAGCUCCAGCGACAACCAAUCCCACCACUACCACCACGACGAAUACUAGCCAAACAGCAUCAUCGCAGGAGCCAUCAGAACCUACCACUGUACUCGAACGUAGCCAACAACGUUACGAAAAGACCCGUCCAUUCGAAGCUGCCCGUCGACAACACGGACUCAGCAAACUCUCCAAAGAAGACCAGAAAGGUUGGAUCUGCGAUCAGCUCCUCCAUCUGACCAACCGCCUGCCCGCAGCUAGCCGCGCUCGCCUCCUCAGCCCUAAAGCGUCCAAGGAGAUUUGGUGGACCAUCAACGGGACCAACUCGAUCGUUCGCGGACUCAAGCAGCAGCCGAAAGCACAUACUACCUGGGGCACCGACCGGAACGGCCACGACGUCGGCAGCUAUAGCAUCGAGCGGUUCGACGAGAGGAUAAAGAAGCGGGCCGCCUUGACAGCGCUCCAAGUGUCGAGCAGAGUAUUUCGGGAGAACGUUGAGCGCGAGAAGAGAGGGUUUGUCGACGCUAGGUCCGGGCAGGAAAUUAUUGUUACGGAACGAGAGAUCGACGAGGAAAAGGUCCGACGAAGCAAGAUGACUGCGCUCAAGAAGGAACUGUACGGCGAGAUCACGGGGAAGCUGGCGAGCAGCGUGGACUGGGAGGAUGUGGUGCCUACCCCCCAUGAGGAGCCAGAGGGCGCGCUGGCGGCGAUUGCUUAUCCGGCCGAGUAUGCUGAGGCAAUGUCCUACCUCCGCGCCGUCAUGUCCAAAAAGGAGUAUUCCCCCCGCUGCCUCCGUCUAACCGAACACAUCAUCGGCAUGAACGCCGCGCACUACACCGUCUGGCUCUACCGGGCCGCCAACAUCUUUGCCCUGGGCCUCUCCAUCCCCGACGAAAUCGAGUGGCUGAACGAAGUCGCGCUCGCCAACCUCAAGAACUACCAAAUCUGGCACCACCGCCAUUUGCUAGUGGAGCACUAUCACCCCACCAUCGCCUCGGACGCCGAGGCCCUAGCCCACUUCGCCAAACAGGAGCGUGACUUCCUCAUCGCCAUCCUCUCGGAAGACACCAAGAACUAUCACGUCUGGUCGUACCGCUCGUGGCUGGUGGGCAAGCUGGAGAUGUGGGAAGACUCCGAGGAACUCAAGUCGAUCGAGACGCUGAUUGAUGAGGACGUGCGCAACAACAGCGCUUGGUCGCAUCGAUUUUUCCUCGUUUUCUCCAACCCCAAGUACGCUACGCCGGGCAAGGGCGCGACGGAAAGGGAUGACAAGGUCACCCAGGAGUUGGUGGACAGAGAAGUGCAGUAUGCCCAGACUAAGGUAUACCUGGCACCGCAGAAUCAGAGCCCGUGGAAUUAUAUGCGGGGCGUUUUGGUUAAGGGUGGUCGGCAAUUGGCGAGCGUGCAAGAAUUUGUGGAGGAAUUUGUGGUGAAGCUUGGAGAGGGUGAUGACCAAGAAGAGGUGAGGAGUACGCAUGCAUUGGAUUUUUUGGCGGAGAUUUAUGCGGAGAAGGGGGAGAGUGAGAAGGCGGAUUUGUGUUUGAGGAGGUUGGCGGAGAAGUGGGAUCGGAUUCGUCGGGGGUAUUGGGAGUGGAGGAGAAAGUGUUUGACACAGGGUAGUAGUGAGAAGGUGGUUGAGGAGAGUGAGAAGGCCGAGGAGGUUACGGUGGUUUAG